AUGAAGCUCAGUGCUACCGCCCUUGCUCUUCUCCUUGCCCCGGCGAUUGCCGCGCCAACCCCUGAACUUCAAACACGCAACGAACUCUCUCCUUUGCAAAGACGGGACGGAAGAGCCUGCGACCCGACGUACGACUUCCAGCCGGAGGUCUCGGGGGCCUCUCCUAACCUCGAAGAUUGCCAAGGCUUGAUCGAUGAGAUCAAUCAGGACAAAACCACGAGGUUUAGUGCACCGCACCACACAAUUGCGACACACGGGUCAUGUGGUGUUGGGAUCGAGAAGUACGACGGUAAAACAGCGAAACUCGAUGGUGGGGACGUCAACCUUGAUACCUGGUACGCGCAUGUCAAUGGCCACGACGCUGUUGAUUUUGUCAACUUUGCGCUUGACAACUUCGUGGACAAUGACAAGGUCGGUGGACACGGCCUUGUGGGAUGCUCAGGUGAUAGCGGAAGUAGCUGGACACUCCAAUGGUAUAUCUUCCACACUUGA